AUGAGCUCGUUUUUAAUAGAAACUCUUUUGCUGAGCUGUCCGGAUCACGAGUCCGUGUUCAAAGCUCUAUCGUGGGAGAGUGAGUCGUGGCCGCAGACCGGGCGAGUGGAGGCGCUUACAGCUUUCAUUGAGGGACUCCAGUCGCUCUCUGGAAGCUCUCAUGUGAAGCCCACACACCACAGCUUUGCAGUUAAUGUAGAACGCAUCAUUUGGUCUCAGUGUGUGCCUUUACUCUCCAAAUUGUCCAGUGAAGUCGGCGAGGAUGUCCAAAGCAAGGGCAGUGUGACAGUGGUGUGUAAACUUCUAAAAGCAUGCGUCCCUCUGUGUGAUGCCGCUUCUACGGCUAAAGUGACCGAGUACGUGCUGCCUUUUCUGUCAGAUGAAGACGUCACACCUGGACGGCUCAGUGUUGAGGUUUCCAAAGUGGCCGUGCGUGUGCUGUGCACGCUCCUUCACUGCGGCAGCGGCGUCUGCACAGACGACAAAAUGCACAAGUUAAUCCUGGAUGAUCUGUGUCUUUGGCACCGCAAUGAGCCCACACUUGCGGUAACUGCGCGGGCUGUAAUGUGUCUGGCCGCUUUGUCUGACCACAUGCUGACCCCAAACACUCUGACCUCGGACCCACCCCUGCCCAUUCAGUUCUGGAAGAUGAUCCAGGAUGGAUUGAUGCACAAAGACAGCUUGGCACGCAAGAGGGCGCUGUACCUGUUGAAAAGAUGUGUCGCACUGUCCCAAGACAGAAGUUUUGGAUUUCAGUCUGCAAAAGAAGGAGAGGCCUUGUUUAUGUGGGACUGUAAAAAUAAAGUAUGGAAAGAGUUCUGGGAGGAUUAUGUGCUGGUGAUGGAGACUCUGGAAGAAAACCAGAUUCACAUAAUUUGUCCAGUUUUAAACCGAAUAGACACAUUGAUACAAAUCGUCAACAAUUCUGAAGGAAGUGGCGUCUUGCACCCAUCAUGGUUACUCUGCGUUUACCAGCGCAUUUUCCACAGUGAAAACAAGGCUCUCAUGAAGGAGGGAGUCUGUCAUUUGCUCCAACUGCAGGUUCUUCAGGAGCCAAAGUUCACCGUGGCCUUUUCACAGUUCAUCAUAGGACCUUUUUUGGAUGUUUUAUCAGAAACCUCACUCUUUCAAAGAGCUGCUGGACAGAAUGUAGGCGAAUGUCCAGAGCUCGGGAGCAAACUUAAAGUAUUCAUGGCCAACUUUUUUACAAACUUGCCCCCAGAACAAAAGGCCUCUCAGUUGCUGAAGCUGAUUCAGCAUCUCUCCUCAAAGCAGUGGUGUUCUGUACCGGUCCUCUUCAUUUCCCUGGCCUUGUCGAGUCUCUCUCAAAGCCCGCUGCUGGACGUUAAUGGGCUUGUUGCUCUGAGAGAGGUUUUGCGAUCCACGAUGAUCACUCAUCAGGUUUUGCUUAGAGGAGCUGCGCAGUGUUUCUUGCUGAACAGCGCCCUCUGCCUUACAGAUGUGAGCGCUGUGUCACUUGAUGAUAUGUUUGGCUUCCUGAUGUAUUUCCGCUCUGAUGAGUCUCUCUGUCGUGGGACAAAGCUUUGGCAGCAGGUGUUUAUUUGGCUGAUGAAAAAUGAACACAAUUUCAAAAAGGAUGAAGGAAAUCAGAGUAUUAAGCUUUACGUUCAAAAUGAGAUUUACAACUACUUCAAAGUCCCUGCCAGCACAGGUCAAAGGGAGAGGUUACCUGAUGUCAGUGAAGCGGUGAAACUGGCCAGGGCAAUAUUGCUGUGUGCAGACAUCGAAAUGUGCCAACCGUCUGGAGAUGUGAACAGCACUUUGGAGUCUUUACUGUCGCCGCUGUGGGACACUCUGAGCCGCAUUAGCACCAGUAUCUACCUGCCUUUAAGGAAGAGUGACAAGAGCCUACAGCUCCUGCUCCAGUUACUGCUGCAGGGACCAAUAACUCAAGACACUAACGAGGAUAAUGUCUUGGUUGUUUUGAAGAACAACAUAUUUAGCAUAUUGGAUCCAACAUUAGAAUUCAUUGUGAGGCAGCUGUGUGGACAACUGCAGGAGCUGUUUGACAUCGAGCGGGCUGAUAUGUACACAUCUGUCCUGAAGCAGCUGGUUGUCGUUUGCCGAUCUGUUCCACAGCAUCACAGCAAAAUUCAACAGACUUAUUUCACUAAGCUCAUCAGUUUUAACCUAAAAGUCUUGACAGAACCAAAUCAGCAGAAGCCAUCAGUGUCAGCGCAGGUGUCUAGAGUUGUUGCGAUGGCUUCUCUGGUUCUGAUUUGCAGUCUAGUUGAGCAGAACGUGAUUGACAUUCAAUCAGUGUCGGACCUGAACAAGCUGAAUGAGUAUUUCUACGACCCAAUAUUAUUAUCCCCAUCUUCUGUCGGGCGCUUCAACGAGACCCUGAUGAAGCCAGCCGCACUCGACAGUCUAAAUGGUGCAAAGGGAUACAGUCCCAUGCGGCAGGACUGGGGACGUGUCGUUGCCCACUAUGUUAGAGACCAGUGGGUUUGCCUAAGUAUCCUCUCCAAGACUUCUGAAAAUUCUCGAUCCACUGAAAUUCUGAGGUCAUCCGUGUCCUCCGCCAUUGAAGGCCUAUCUCUUCUACCUAACAAUCUAGUGCUGCCCAUUUUUGCUUUUCUGGAGACUGCACUUCCUCAAUUAGUCCAAGAUGAGGAGUCUCUCUGUGCAGAUGCCGUUACUGUGUCCUGGGACCUUGUUCAGGGCUUGAGCUCAAAUCCCCUUGACUUCUGGCCAUCGCUAAAGGCUUUUGUCUCAAUGGCUUUUCAUUGUAAACUCCUCAUGCUGACUGAGGCACAGGCAGAAAUCCUCUCAACAACUAUGAAGAGGAUAGCAGCUGAUCUGAUGGAGCUAUCGCAGUCAAAGAGUGGCGUCUUUGGACCAUUGAUCCAACACUGUUGUCAGUUAUGGCUGGAUGACUCCAUCUUUUCAAGUGUGUUCUACCAUAUUGGAAUUCUCAUUGAAGCGUGCGUCCAUGGACCAGUGUUUAGAAGAGAUCAACGGCUAAUUCAGGAUGUCCAGAGCUAUGUUGAGCAACUUGGUGAAGAGUGUGCUGCUAAUGUGCUUUGUGGGGACAACAGAGAUGAUCAGAUGCCCCGCACAUGUGCCCUCUCUUUCCUUAGCCGACUAGACCCUUUAAAUCCACAACAUCAACAACUGAUUCAAUGUUUAGUCAAAGAUCUCUUGAAAAAGGAUAACAGCAUAUCAUCUUCUAAAGUGCGGUACUACAACAACUCAAUGCAACACAGAGUUAAAAAUAGGAUCUGGCAAACUCUACUGGUGCUGCUUCCUAAACUUAGUAAAGAUUUUGUCUCUUCCAUGUUGAGCAGUGUGUAUCAGGCUGGAUUCUGCAGUAAUCAGGCCUCUGUGAAAUACCUGAUUGAAUGGUUGAUGAUUUUGAUCUUAGUUCAACAGCCUGAUCACAUUAACAGCUUUUGGGAGUGCUUUAAUGUGGACCAUGAGAAAACCAAGGUCAGCAUCUGCACUUUCCUUUCAGUUUUGGUUCAUUUUAAUGUGAUCCUUCCAAACAUGAGAGACCAGGGGGCACAGUUGCGUACAGCCUUGAAUAUCAUUCUUCAGUGCUGUUUUAAUCAUAACUUCAGUGUGCGACUCUACGCUUUGUUGGCUCUUAAAAGAGUUUGGAGUUUAGCAGAGGAAAAAUCGCUGAAUGAAGAAGAGGGUGUUCACCCUCUGUCCUCUGUGAUUACGGCUUGUCUGGACCAGGCCGAAGCCAUGCAGAGUACUGGAAAUGCAAACAAAAACUGGAUUAAAAUUCAGGAACACUUCUUCUUUGGAGCAUUUCAUCCUCUCAGAGAUUACAGCCUUGAGACAAUCUUGUAUACGUUCCCGAGCCUCUCAGACGUAGCUGAUGACGAGUGGAUUCCUCCCUGGAAGUUUGAGAAGAUGCCAUGUUUUUCUCACUGUCAGACUUGUCCUUUGAUGAAUCCUGCCUCUGAUCUGAGAGAGCUGCAUCAUGGAGACUGGAUCCAACAAGACAAAAGUGAGCAGGACAAAGAAGAACGUUGGGCUGAAGUGCAGAAGAAAAUUACUCCAUGGAAACUUGACAUUCAGGAGCAAGAUCCAGAGCUGCAGAUUAUACCCCAGCAGAGAGCCGCUCGGAGGGGGAAAACCAAUGGGGCUCUCAUAGUGGUGGCUUCACUCAUUGACAAACCGACUAAUUUAGGAGGUCUUUGCAGAACUUGUGAGAUCUUUGGAGCGAGUGCGUUGGUUCUUGACACUCUUCGCCACGUCGAUGACAAACAGUUUCAGUCACUGAGUGUCACGUCUGAGAAGUGGCUGCCUUUGUUAGAGGUGAAACCAGUGGAGCUUACAGAGUUUUUGCAGUUGAAGAAGAGUGAAGGAUACUGUAUUGUUGGUGUAGAACAAACUGCCAAUAGCCACAGCCUCGAGAGCUACACUUUCCCCGAAAAGACUCUGCUACUUCUGGGUAAUGAACGAGAGGGUAUUCCUGCAAAUCUGCUCCAAAUGUUGGAUGUUUGCGUCGAGAUCCCUCAACAAGGAGUCAUCCGGUCCCUCAAUGUUCAUGUCAGUGCCGCACUGCUCAUCUGGGAAUACACCCGGCAACAUCUCAUCCUUCGAGCUGGAGAAACCAGCUCCAAAGAGAAGUGCCAUCAGCCUUAA